AUGGGCGCCGUUUCAAUUUUGUUCUCUAGCUUCGUUUGCGCGGCUGUUUCAUUUGAGACUAACCUAUCAUCAAUAAUGUCUGCGGAUUUUGUGGCGUGUUCUAAUAAUGUCGAUUCACACGAUUCUGUUCCCGAAACUGACACAGAAAUUGCAGAAGCAGAUUUAGAAGAAAAACAACGACUAAUUAGUCAAAUUUUAGAACUUCAGCAUACGCUUGAAGAUUUGUCAACACGUGUAGAUGCUGUGAAAGAGGAGAAUCUGAAACUACGCUCAGAAAAUCAGAUAUUAGGCCAGUAUAUUGAAAAUAUGAUGGCUAAUUCAUCAGUUUUCCAGUCGACUUCACCACUGUCCGAUGGGAACAGAUCACGUACAAAUAAAAAGUUAAGAGAUGACUAAGUGAAAUGUGGAAAAAAGAAAUCCAGAUUAAUCAGAAAACUUUAAAAGUUUAUACAUACAUCACAUUACUUCUGCAGUCAGUAUUAUUUAAUAAUUUAAUAAUAUUUGUUUCAUAUUUUGCUUGUCUGCUAUACCUGUUGGGAAUUUCAGCAGCCAGUCAGUAUACAAGGCAUCAAAGCCUGCAAUAAUAAUAAUAAUAAUAAUAAUAAUAAUAUGACGUUAUUUUGACUAUGCUGUUGCUUGAUUUCAGCUGUCAUUAUUCAUAUUCUUAGUCUUUUUUUGGAAGAUAAUAAUCUCGCUUUGCUUCUUUCUUUUUUCUUUUUUUGAAAUUAUGUAUAAACUUGAUCUAUAGUGAUAUUUUGAAGGGUUAUGUUGUGUCACAUCUAUUCACAUUAACGCUAACUUACACCUAAUUACUCCUUUGUAUUGUGAUCGUGGCAUUUUUCUCAUUUUGGAUGAAUGCUAACGUUUCUUUUGUUUAUUUUUUGUUCUCAUGAAAUAGGCGUAUGUGUACUUGCAUUUAAAUGUUGACGAGUAAUAAUGUGCGGCAUUAAUCUUAUAUACAUAUGCUUUGUAAACCAGUAUAUUUGUUAACUCACAGGUUACCAGUCUCUUAUAUUUCAUUUUUUUUUAAAAAAUUAAACAGAAUAUAUUUAUACUGAUUUCUCUCUAUCUCUCUGACAUCGUGCUUGCUUUUGUGGUUGAUCAUGGAGUUUGGUAUUUGAAUUGUAAAUGGUUGGACA